AGAAAUAAUUUUUAAUAUUAUAAUAUUAAUAUUUAAGCCAUUUUUUAUCUCAAGAGAGAAAUGUCCAAAAUAUCCAUCCCCUCAAACAAUUCUUUUUUCCUCCAAAUGGUGACAUUUAUAGGAAUCUUGAAAAAGGAAAAAAUUGUAAUAUGUUAAAACACGGUUUAGGGGUAAUAUUCCAAAACAGUAGGGAAUAAUGUACAAAUUUCAUCCCCACAACCCCAUUUACCUUAGUCAAAAAAUUAUUUUCAUAGUCAGUCAUUUCUUGACUAAUGCUGAAAUAUUAAUAAAUAACUGAUGCUGGCAUACUACCUGGGCAUGCUCACAAGGGGUGGGAGUGAGUGUAUUUCUAAUAUCUAUAAGCCUAUAUUCAAUUUCAUUUAGAAUUCAUUUCAAAGUAAACUUGUUUCAGUAUUUUUUCCAGUUUAAACUGUCAGUCCUUAAUUAGAGAAUUGAUGUUUUAAAAUUGACUUGUCCUUUUUUAUGUAAUUUAAUUUUCAGAAAAUCAAUUUGAAAGUUAUGGAUAAAAACCUCAGUCCAGGAGCCAUAGAUGGGAUUUCAGAACCCAGUCCAGAAGUCAUAGAUGAGAUCUCAGAAUCCAGUUCAGGAGCUAUAGAGGGGAUCUCAAAACCAUACUUCAGUUUUGGAGUUAUAGCAGAUAUUCAAUAUGCUGAUUUAGAAGAUGGCUAUAAUUACCUAAGAACCAGAAGGAGAUAUUACCGGUAUAGUCUUCAUCAUCUUCAAGGGGCUAUUGAAGAGUGGAAUGAAGAAAGCAGUCAUCCCUCUUUUGUGUUGCAACUUGGUGAUCUCAUUGAUGGAUUUAAUGCACAGUAUAAAAUGUCAGAAGAGUCACUUAAAAAUGUCAUAAAAGAAUUUAAAAAACUCAGACCUCCUAUUCAUCAUACAUGGGGAAACCAUGAAUUAUACAACUUCAGCAGAGACUAUUUAAGAAACUCUAAACUUAACACAAAAUUUUUAGGAGACCAGAUUGCACAUUGUCCUGAGACUAUACCUUCAGAAAACUAUUAUGCUUACCACUUUGUACCUUUCCCUAAAUUUCGGUUCGUUUUACUUGAUGCUUAUGAUCUAAGUGUCCUUGGAAUGGAGGAGUCUUCUCCAAAAUAUCAGGAAAGUAUGAAGAUGCUGAAGGAGAAGAAUCCAAAUAAGGAACUGAAUAGCCCUCAAGGACUUUCCGAACCUCAGUUUGUCCAGUUUAAUGGAGGAUACAGUCAAGAGCAAUUGGACUGGUUCAAUGCAGUUCUUACUUUCUCUGACACAAACCAAGAAAAGGUAGUAGUUGUGGGUCACAUUCCUAUUCACCCAGACUCCUCUGACAGUGUGUGCCUUGCCUGGAAUUACAGAGAUGCUCUCUCAAUUAUUUGGUCUCAUAAAUGUGUGGUGUGUUUCCUUGCUGGUCACACUCAUGAUGGUGGGUACUGUAUAGAUACUCAUGGUGUGCACCAUAUCACACUGGAAGGAGUUAUAGAAACACCACCAGAGAGCCAGGCUUUUGGUACAGUGCAUGUUUAUACAGAUAAAAUGGUGUUGAAAGGGAAGGGUAGGGUUCCAGAUAGGAUCAUGUAUUACAAGAAAGACUGAAAGUGAAAUUUUAUUUCUUGAAUGGCUUUUCUUUUUGUUAAUUUUAACAAACAUGAUAGAACUUACUUUGUUUUUGUCAAUAAAUAUCUCAGUCUUUGUUUAGCAUGUGUAAUACAUUAAUUAUAUAUUUUCCACAUUGGCAUGUUUGUCAUAUAUUUUAGAAAUUCUAUUUUGGAUAAAAUGGCAUUUGUUCUGUGGUUAGAACAAUACCUAUGAUCUUCCUGUUUCCUGAUGGAGCUAAUAAUAAU